AUGCCAUUCGAGAUUUUUAUCGACAUCGUCUCGUUAUUGGACACUCCGACGCGUGUUAGAUGUAUGGGGGUAUGCUCCUCGUGGCGUCAGGCGAUUCUAAACACCCCACGCCUUUGGAACAACCUUUCUCUGAAUGCGUACAACCACCAGAAGCUGUUGACGAAGGCCAAAUAUUGGCUCGAUCGGCUCGAACCGGACCAACAGUUGCACACUCUUAAUAUCAGCCCUUCCCCCAUAUGGCCUCCCUCGACCGUUCACAACCUCCUCACCUUUCUAGCCGACAAACUAGCCACGAGGAAAGCCGCACCAAACACCUGUCUUCGGUCUUUCAGCUUCCAUCAGGCUGGCACCUCCCAUGGAAUUGGAGUGACACGCAAAACCUUCGCUGAUGUGAUCGCUUUUGCGUAUUCGCAUCGGGCCAACUUGUUUAAUUUGGAACUACAACUACCUGGUUUCAUCACCUGCUACAUGACGCUACCUACCCUCUUGGCCGACUUUCCAUUGUUGAACGGGCUCAAGCUGCAAGGUAGCCGCGGACAAUAUAUAAACUUCAAGAAACCUGAGGACUUCUCUCGGAAUCGUGUUCCCUCAUCGACGGCUACACAUUCCGGAUCGGGCUCCCCAGAUGGUAAUAGCCCAAGUACGUCUGGUCAUUCGCAAUCGAACCCGAACUCGUUGGAUGCAAGCCAGCCGGUCCAAAAGGUAUGGGAUCAACUUGAGACGUUGUUUAUACACUGCACGUCAUUCAUGCCUAGCGAAGAACUACCACUCGCCCUACCUUCCCUGCGAUCCUUAUCUUUAAUCACUACGGUCAUCACCGCGAGCACGCCGGGCAGCGGCGUGAGGGACAUGUUCGAUCGGGGUGUACCUGGCGUCAGGGACAUGUUGGAUCGGAGUGUACCUGGGAUAGACUUUACUCAUCUAUGCAAGCUAGAAAAUCUAGAAUUCUCCGGAGCCUCCAUCGGCGAGGAGCAAUGGGAGCCUGUUUGGCGGACUUGCGGGGGCUUGCCUAGGUUGAAAAGGGUCCGCUUCGGGGUCCAGCCGCAUUUCAUUCCCGCCCUUCUCGAGCUGGCCAACAUCUCCCCGGAUUGGUCUCCGCCGCAAGACGAAGUCAUUCAUGGGCCGUUGAGAACUGAAAUAGCCGCUAUACUACCCGAGCUGGAGUUGAUCUCUCUAUCGUCUCUUGAUAGCUGGAUAUCUUACAAGUUCGUAGCAGUCUUCGGCCAUCAAUUCACAAAGCUCGAGUCGCUCUCGGUGGCCGGUUUACAGCUCGACUCAGACACCGAGCCGUUGAUGGUCUAUGCAUUGCGCCAUUUGCCAGCACUCGUGAACCUCAAUCUUGGGAGCACCAACGCGAGUCCGGGAGUGAUCGAGGCCAUCAAACCUGGCCGGCUGGAAUAUCUCAAGCUCGCCAAUUGUCCCCGGGUCACCUUCCGGCCACUUUCCUCCCUGGUGGCCCCUAAAAAUCUGCACUUCCUGGACAUCAGGGGCUGUCAUUUGAUCUCCACCCGCGAAAUGCUCGAGUGGCUCGCCCGUCGCGUCACGUCCUUCGUUUGGCAAGAAGAUCAGGAUUAUUUGGCUAGGAGAGCCACCAGACGACUCUUCCUAGAUUGA